AUGUUUGAGGAUAUUGAGAUGGAGCGUAGAGAUAUUCCUGAUUUACUGCUAGUGCCACCGGAACUGUAUGGUGAAGGGUAUCCAUACGCACCGGAAAACUGGCCGGGGAGAGGGUCAGCACCGUGCUCGACUAAGACCCGCAAGAAAUACAUCUUUGCGAGCAAGGUCGCUGUUAAAAACUACAUCAGAACAUUUUCUCCUGCCACGGAUCCUGAAGCUGUUUUGUCCACUUUCUACUGGAAGAUUCCGGCUUUACCACCUGCAUCAGCUUACCGUCUUAGAUGCCUUU